AUGAAACUUGCAUUAAUCCUGGCGUUUCUCUUUUUGAAUAGAAUCUCAUGCUUAUUCAUCCCAAACCAGACGAUUUUAACCGGAGAAUCUAUACAAGAUGAACAGUCGCUAAUUCAAAAUACUACCUUUUUGUUAGCCAGUGACAAUAUUUCUUGGAGCUUUCUACAACUAGUUGGGUCUCACGACUUGAUACUACCAAUAGAAGAAGUAGACACGUUGCUACUACCAUCUUUAGGAAAGAUAACUCUUGCAAGGGAGGCCCUAGAACAUACCAUGAUUAUCGACUUAACGAUUCGCUUGCAAUUAACUAGCUGCAUUCGAACCAUAAUGCUUACUAUAUUCCUGCAAGAACCAGUGCUCACCAAUUCUUCACUAAGUACGUCAGAUACUAGACAACUGAUUUAUCAGCAACAGACAAUUAAAAUUGAUGACAUGAUAGUAUUCUUUUUACCAACUCGAAUGCAAAAAAUUCAUAGGCAAAAUUCACACAACAAUGAAAUUAGUAUUUCUAUACUACUUAAACAACGUAGACGUUCAAGAACUCAGCCUUUCUUUGAAGGACAGAAAGCCGUGAGAAAGUCCGAUUUUGGGGCACCAUUACCAGUAGAUUCAUUCAAGGCUCCUCCUUCAGUGGUAAAAGAUUUAUUUGAAGAUAUAAGAGUGAAACCGAAGAACGAUGAAACCAAUGAAUUUCAUGAAAAGUUAGCUUGCAGACUGGAUGAUUUCUUUAAUCAGCUUAAAGGCGUUGAAUUCAUAAUAUUGUUAUACUUUGAUGACAAUGAGCACGACACCUCAAAGUGCCCUGUUCCCAAGCAUUAUGACCAUGUAAUUCAUCAAAAUAUUUCUUCUCAUUCAUUGCUUGAGAACUCAAAAUAUGACCGAGUAUCUUCAACAGAUUUCCGAUUAAUUAACGCAAAAGCUUAUUGGAUAAACACAGAAAAGACAAUCAAGCGACGUGAAUUAAGUGAGGUUCGAAUUGAGGGAGUAGCAGCCUCUAAUGCAACCUUUGUUCCUACUACAAUCGCAAAUUCUGCUGAAAUCCGUGACUGCGUGAAGUUAACGUGGCACAAUGUCUUACAUCAUAGCAUUUUUGGUAGACCCACAAACUUCUGUCACAGCUGA